AAGUGUUCAGACUGCUGAACCCAAAUGCCACAGAAGGUGCUCAGAUUGUGUGUAUCACUGUUCUUAAAGAAAAUGAAGACGGUGUUGCACCAUAAGAUACUUGAGCUGCCCACCAUGCAAGGCCAUAACGCUGGAAUUUCAUCGACGAAGAGAUACCGCGAGCGAUACAUCGCAGUCGAGCAUCAUGAGAAGCUCUGCUUAACGAACAGAGGGUCCUGGUCGAUGAGUAUCUGUGGGAGAUUACGAACUGCCUCGAAAAAUAACCCUCGAUUCGGCAGGUUGACGACCGAGUAGUUCGUUCAUCGCCUCAGAUGCCCCACUACAAAACCUUGCGUAACCUUGGAUGAUGGACCUCGGUGGUCAGUACUGGAUAUUCCUCAAUACCAUACCAUGUGAUCGGUGCUGCCCAGAGGCAUCACGGGAUAGACCGGGAACACGCCCUGAACUUAAGUGUGUUCGUGAGUUUUUGCGCUUAAUGAAAAAUCCUGCAAGCUCCCUGAACUAGACCAACACUUUGGAGGCAUCCACAGCCGAAAAGUGAGCUUCCAUUACUAAGAGAGGCCCAAAACCUUCAUGAUUUACACGCCGGCCCAGUCUUCCAUUAAUGGAAAUCUGGAAAUCUGAUCAAGAGUACAGCAAGCAAAUUGUUACACCUUCAAGUAUAUGACGUUUUCUCCAUGUUGAGACGAAUGCUAAAGACGAUUCCUGUAACGAGUCAAGUUGUACCUCAUUACAGGAUUCUCACAGCUCGUCUAAAGUUAACCCCAAAGUUUGUCAAUCCGCACACAAACAGGAGGUCACAAGAAUUUGCAACCUCAAUCUAGACCUGCUUGUGUUCACCACAAAAGUAAGAGCUAAAGAAGCUCAUCGAGUGGUCCAUAUCGGUAGACCUGAUUUGAUAACACUCCUAUCCUAGAAUGGUUCUCGAUGGAUCGAUCGAGAAGUACUGCCUUAGAAGACUCCCAAGUCCAG